AGAGAAGUCGACGGAAAAUACCUGAUGUCCAGUCACGGACACAGCAGUGAGAAGGGACGUGGCCCCCCCUCUCAGUCCAGGAAUUUGUCUAAUCCUUAAGAACUGCUUUGUUUACAGGGAACACAUUUAACACAGCUUAAUGGGACUUUAACUUGUUGGAGAUAUGACAAUAGCAUUUUAAGCGGCAGUUGAUGGAAGCGUUUGAAGGGCACUGAGCUCUGUGACAAGGUGUCAACAGACAUUGCUGUUAAUUCAUUCAUAUCCCCCCACCGGCAGAACGACACUUACUCCACCGUGGCGGGCAGUACCACAUCGCUGCAGUGUUGGAGACUGGUAUUAACAACUGCACAAGGCAGAUCGGAUAUGCAACAAGUGGUUGGUGUGAAGUUUCUCACUCCACGGAUGCAUACCACCGCUUACUGGUUAUACGGUGUGUCAAGAUCAGGACUUUAAUAGUGGAGUUUCUUGUUGUGUGAGCGUUUGAGCCUACUCGCCUACUGGAUGCUAUCUCCAUGACUCGAUGUGAAUGUCAAGCUGGGGACAUAUACAUGACAUGCUGCGCUUGGCGACGUCGAUGUUGCCGGUGACAGUGGUCCACGUGCGAUAGGGUUAUGUGAAGGGGCAAGCUACAUCUAUUAAGUGACGGAGAAGCGAGCGGUGACAAAGUACCCCUAGCUAUCAGGCUGACAGCGACGGGGAAGGAUAACGGCACAUUGUGUACGGAGUGGGUCUUGUGUAACGACCCCCAGUUGACGGCUGUAGGAUGUGUUGAUAUAUACACGAGAGUAAAAGCGUGGACGCGGUGAGUACGAGCGCAGAGGAUUGCCACAACAUGCUCGGACUUGGGAAAUACGAAGGGAUUGUAUGCAAAUGAUUCGGUGUAAAAUUACACUUAAAGAGGGCGAAAAUUCUCAGCCUUAAUCACAUGUUCCCGUCGUUGCGAUUUGCUGCUAGCCAAUCGCUGCCCGCUGUGCACGGCGAGAAGAAUAUAUGAGCUAUAUAUAGUCGAGGGCCUCAUUCUCGGGGUAUCCCUCUGUCGCUCAACAGGACAGAUAACGCUGUCACUCGCACGUUCAUCACCAUCUCAAGAGUGGACACGCUAGCGUCACCCUGGCAGACUCGUGGAUAGAGAACCUCUUCGAGGGGGUGAGGAUGGAGGAUUUCCUACCCCUCGUCUCCAGUCUCGAACGCGAACAGUUCACCCUCCAGCGACUCAAUUCAGCCGGGGAGGAGAGUGACGCCAGCAGCCUCGACGAUUUACGGAGUCACAGUCCAUCGUCGUCCGUGUGGAGCUUGGAGAGUCUUGACGAUGACGUGUAUUUAGACUAUCUGUUCAGUCAGGGCCUUGUGGACGCUGUUGAGAAGAAUGGGGUAAGCCAGCCCAUUUCAAAGGCACCCCCUGUAUCUCAAGCUCCCCCUGUAAAUCAUCAACCAGUUAUGCCGGUCCCCGUAGUCUGUGAUUCCACCGUGAACAAUGUAACUUAUUGUACUCCGAAGCCAAUAGCACCACCACCUAGAGAAGCAGAGGAAACGUUCACGGUGCCAACGAGUAACAAUGACUUUGUAGUGUUGGGCGUAGGCUUGCAAAACCUCAUGCACAACUACGCCAGCAAAGCAGCGUUUGCCGAACCCCACCGCCAACCUGCCUUACCCCCUCAACAUACCCUCCAUCACCCCCAUCCAUCCCUGCUGCAGAGACAGGUGAACUACGGUGCUCUAGCCCAGGUAACACAGACCAGUCACUACCGACUUCCGACCAACGGUGCCAAGUCAUUGCUGACACAAACAAGUAUUCUAGAGGACGUUAAGAUCAGAACGCUGAAGACGCCGUCCCCGAAACCUCCAAGUCAUACAAAGGGUGAUCGUUUGGAGGACAAAAUAUACCACUGUACCUAUGCAGGAUGUAACAAGGUGUAUAGCAAGUCGUCGCAUCUUAAAGCUCACCUUCGUCGGCAUACAGGUGAAAAACCAUUCGAGUGCACGUGGCCUGGUUGUGGAUGGAGGUUCUCGCGGUCCGACGAACUAGCCCGUCAUAAACGCUCACACUCAGGGAUUAAACCAUAUCAGUGUAAAAUCUGUGAGAAGAGAUUUUCACGUUCAGACCAUCUCUCGAAACAUUUGAAAGUUCAUCGGAAACGUUAGUACAGUAUUAGUGUGCAAGUAUGUUCAUCCGGAGCCGUGUGACGUCAGCCGUAACCAUGGAAGCAUGAAGCGCAACCGGAGAAAGUGUCACGUUAAUGGACAUUUUAAAGGAGGCGAGACAAAUGUGUUGUUUAUGUAGAAUGUCAUGCCUGGUGACAUGUCCCGUAAACUGCAACCGCCUGGAACGAUAUAGCACUUUACCUGUGUGUCGAGCUGAGUAAGGGUGUGUGACUUGGUGGGACGGGCAAGCCUAAGGGCUGAACGGCAAUGGCGGCCUGCGUUGAGGACGUCGGCUUUAAUAAGUGUGUGAGAGACUGAUAAACUGUUAUUCACAUAUCAAAUCAUUGUUCAAUGCUUAAAAGUAUUUGCCCUUUAUAUAUAAUGUUGUGGCGUGUUCCAAUAAGUGUGAUUAUGGACCAAUUAAUUGUUGAUUUUGUGAGAAAAGUGACGUUUUCAUAAACGCUGCAUUGGAUGUAUCCCAAGUGUCUUGUGGGAGAUGUGGCCACGUUAAUACUGCGAUGCACUGCACGUAGACUAGAUUGACUUUAUCAGACGAAAGGCGGCUGAGGUCACCUAAUGAUGCAGGUAUCUGCAGAUCAAAGGUAUACAGGUGAGCGUUAAACGCGACGCCGCCUAGCGGGCAGGGACAAAGUGUAAUUGAUCGGCAAAAGGACCCUUAUCGACAUUUUAUAUUCCUAUAUAUUCAAUAUUGUGUCACAUAAACUCGGGUUAUUUUUGUGUGAAGGUUUCCAGUGCGUUUCUUUGACUUCUUGUGAGGACUCCGUCUCGACUACCGGCAGAAGAAGAACGAAUACGUGGGUACGGGAGAAUUUCGGCCUGCCGCAUGCCUCGUGACCUCUAACCUCGCACGCGCCGCGACGUCCGUGCCACGAGGACGAUUGUGGGUUUGGGCUGGGUGCUGGGCGAGUAGCAAGCGGGGACUGCCACGUUCUCCUAGCUCAAACUUUGACGUGUUUACAAAUAUUUACUUCAAGAACAUUGUCUCUGCUGCUCCGUGUGACGUAUACCAACACAACAGGGGACAGUUCACAUUUAACUUAAAGAUAUUCAUCAACGUCAUCAAUCCACAGAGAGUGCUGAGCAUCCUUUAUUUUCUUUAAACUUUAUUGAAUUAUAUAUUUAGUAGACGUUUUAGUAAACUAUAUUUUAACAUUCCUGGCACUUGUUCAAUGAAAUGUUAUUUUUAAUUGAAAA